AUGGUAUCUUCGUUCCUCCUUGCUCUACCCGCCCUGGCGGCGGCAGCUGCUAUCGAGCAGCGUGCUAGCUGCCCGAAUGUGCACAUCUUCGGUGCUCGUGAGACUACCGCGCCCGCAGGCUACGGCUCCUCCAGCACAGUGGUGAACUACGUCCUGCAAGCCUACCCUGGCUCUACGGCAGAAGCCAUCAACUACCCAGCUUGCGGCGGUCAAUCGUCCUGUGGUGGCGACAGCUACGCCCAGUCUGCCGCCCAGGGCACCAACACAGUCAUCUCUGUGGUCAACGCCUAUGUGGCCCAGUGCCCAAACACCCAGAUCGUCCUGGUCGGAUACUCGCAGGGUGGACAGAUCUUCGACAAUGCCUUCUGCGGUGGAGGUGAUCCAGCUGAGGGCGUCUCGAGCGGCACCCAGCUCAACGCCGCUUCAUUGGCUGCGAUCAAGGCCGUCAUCCUGAUGGGUGACCCUCGCUACGUUUAUGGCCUGCCAUACGAGGUCGGAACAUGCAGGGCUGGUGGCUUUGAUGCCCGCUCUUCGAGCUUCCAGUGUGCUGGUGGCAGCAAGAUCCAGAGCUACUGUGAUUCUGCUGACCCCUACUGUUGCAACGGCAACGACGCCAAUGUCCACCAGGGCUACGGUAGCGAGUACGGCCAGGCCGCUCUCACCUUCAUCAAGGGCAAGCUCAGCUCCAGCGGCAGCACAUCCCCAACGACUUCUGCCGGGUCUACCCCGAAGUCCACGACUACUGCGAAGAGCACGACUUCGAGUGCAGCUUCCAGCCCGACCAGUGGCUCGGGUUCUUGCUCUGCCCUUUAUGGUCAAUGUGGUGGCCAGGGAUGGCAAGGCCCAACCUGCUGUUCAUCGGGAUCAUGCAAGGCUUCCAACGCGUACUACUCGCAGUGCUUGUAG